AUUCGCUCAAGGAAAUAAAAAACAAAAUCUGAAAGAUUAAAAAAUGUGGCACUCGUUGCCGUCGUUUAUCAGCGUUGCUGUUGCCCUCUGUCUUGUGGCAGGCGCAAUUAGUCGAGCGGCUGGCUGUCCCCGUGCUCCCACACACUUGCCUCACGGCCGACGUACACGCGGCGACAAUGGAUACAAAUUAAUUGUGGCUGAUGGACCCAAUGGAUAUGUGCCCGGCAAGGCAUACAAUUUACUGUUGCUUGGCUCACGCACCCAUACAAAAAUCCAACAUUUCACCCACUUCACUAUUGCUGCUGAGGCUCACACUGGCGGCAGACGGUCGCAGGUCGCCAGUCCACGUCGUGUUGGUCGCUUCCAGCUUUUCAGCGACUCACUUACCAAAUUCAACGAACGCUGUGUCAAUACAGUCUCAGAAGCAGAUGAUUUACCCAAGACAGAGGUACAGGUCAUGUGGGUGGCACCCGAGACAGGUUCGGGUUGUGUUUCACUAUCCGCCAUGGUGUACGAAAGUCCACGUGCCUGGUUUUCGGAUGACGGUCAGCUCACCCAAGUGAUUUGCGAGCACAAGCCAAGCGCAGCUGAUACACAGAAGGAAUGCUGUGCCUGUGAUGAAGCCAAAUACAGUUUUGUUUUUGAGGGAAUCUGGUCAAAUGAGACGCACCCCAAAGAUUACCCCUUUGCCAUUUGGCUGACGCAUUUCUCCGAUGUGAUUGGAGCUUCCCAUGAGGCGAAUUUCUCUUUCUGGGGCGAAAAUCAUAUUGCCACGGAUGGUUUCCGCUCGUUGGCCGAAUGGGGUUCGCCCACAGCUCUGGAAACGGAGCUGCGUGCUCAAGGUCCCAAGCUGCGCACGCUCAUCAAAGCGGCAGGGUUAUGGUAUCCAAAUGUUAAUCAGAACACUUCUUCUAAAUUUCGUGUGGAUCGCAAGCAUCCAAAGAUUUCAUUGGUAUCCAUGUUUGGCCCAUCACCGGACUGGGUGGUGGGCAUUAAUGGAGUAGAUCUUUGCACCUCCGACUGUAGCUGGAAGGACUCCAUGGACUUUGAUCUCUAUCCCUGGGAUGCGGGCACUGAUAGCGGCAUAACUUAUAUGUCCCCCAAUGCUGAGACUCAGCCACGCGAACGCAUGUACAGGAUUACGACUAUGUACCCCGAGGAUCCACGCGCACCAUUCUACAAUCCAAAGAGUCAGCAAAUGACGCCGCUUGCCAAGCUCUAUUUGCGACGCGAAAAGAUUGUCUCACGAAAUUGCGAUGACGACUUUCUGCAAGCCCUGCAACUGGAGGUGUCCGAUGAUGCUGAGGAACAGGACACGCGUGCUGAAUGCCGUGUGAGCAGCUACAAUGCCUGGAGCCCUUGCUCAGUUUCUUGUGGAAAGGGCAUACGCAUGCGUAGUCGCAAUUACCUGAAUGCCGAGCUGGCGAAGCAGAGCAAGUGCAGCCGUCAACUAAUUUCGAAGGAGAUGUGCGUAGCGGAUGUGCCGGAGUGCGACAAUGGUGCGGCUGGCCAGGAUCGUGACGACGAUGAAGGCGAAAAUCUGGCGAAUUCGCAAUCGUUGGUCAAUGACAAUGGCGAAGGCACUGGUAUAUGUAGAACCACACCCUGGAGCGUGUGGUCUGAGUGCUCCGCCAGCUGCGGCAUUGGCAUUACCAUGCGUACGCGCACUUUUGUUAGUCCACAGGGACGCAAGCGCUGUCCUCACAUCACCAUUGUGGAGAAGAACAAGUGCAUGCGACCGGAGUGCACGUACGAACAGGUGGAAUUGCCCGAUCCGGAUUGCCCGACCACCCAGUGGAGUGAUUGGAGUCCGUGCUCUGGUAUAUGUGGCCUGGGUAGCACUAUACGCAAACGCUUGGUUCUGCUGGAAGAUGGUCCGAUGAAAGAUAAUUGCACCAAGCGGCUCGAGUUGCAUCAGCAAAAGCAAUGCCAACACGCCUUGGACUGCAACAUCAACAUGGAGCAAGCCAAGGAAAUAUGCGUUCAACAGCCAGAGACUGGUCCUUGCCGUGGCAACUAUCAACGCUACGCCUACAACGCUCACUCCAAUCGCUGUGAGUCCUUCACAUACGGCGGCUGUCGUGGCAAUCGCAACAAUUUCCUCACCGAGAACGAUUGCCUGCAGACCUGCAGCAAGAUACGUGGCGAAUAUGUAGCCACGCCGACCCACCUGCCCAAAGACUGCGUUAUGUCCGACUGGUCCAAUUGGUCGCCGUGCAGCGUGAGCUGUGGCUCCGGCUACUCCGAGGGCUAUCGCUAUGUCAUUAGCGAGCCGCAGCAUGGAGGCCAGUCCUGCCCCAAGCGCCUGAUCAAGCAGCGUCGCUGCACCCUGCCACCCUGCUAGGUCCAGCAACAAAUAGAAAUUGCAGAGCUACAUCUGCAUCUUUCCACACAUAUUUUUAGCACUUUUCGAAUAAAGUCGCAAUAAAAGUUUUGCUGUAAUCAA